CGGCAGAACAACAACAAAGCCGCGAGCAGCUGUCGCUGGGUGCACGCGCUCGCGGGGAGGAGCGCGAGCUCAGUCAGGGUGCGCGAUGGCGGAGAAAGCGGAUCAAGAGGCUACAGGAACCCAGCGGCCGUCAUCAAUCACCCCGCCGCCGACGUGUUGCCGAAAAACUCUGAUGAAUUGGAAAAGGCUGGUGAAGACUUGCGCCACCUUUGCAGCGACGAACAUCGUGUUCUGGUUUGUGUCCUUUAGUCCAUUCCGAGUGGUUUGUCUUCUCUGCUUGUGUCUGCUUCUACUGCUGCUGGUACAGUUGCUGAGGGACAUAGCCCUUUCUAGGUCAAAAGGAUCCAAUUUAUGGCGAAGUAUGACAGGCAGUUGGGAGCUGGUGGACUCCAGUCAGGAGAGCAGGUCUAGAGCAGAAGCUCAGUUUACAGACUGCUGGAUGAGUAUCAAGCUGUUCCUUGCGGAGACGUCGUCUUUCAAACAGCAGAAUCCGGGGAAGUUUUGCCUUCUGGUAUGUAGCUUGUGCUUUUGCUUAGCCAUACUGGGCAAUUACAUUCCAGGAGUUGUUAUUUCAUAUAUGAUAGUGCUAGGCAUUUUCCUGUGGCCUCUUGUGUCAUCACACGAAUUUGGGAUGUGGCUGGAACCAGUUCUGCAGAAACUGAACUUUGGAGUGGGGCACUUCCUGCAAAAGAUUAAAGAGAAUCACGAAAAGAGAUUGCUCCAAGCAGAGGCUGAGAAAGAAAGCAUUGAAGCUGAUCUGUCCUCAAUGUUCCCAAAGCUGGACUCCACGGUGUGUAGGGAGCUGUCUGUAUCAGACACAGAAGUCUCUGAAGUAACGUGGACUGAUAACGGCACCUUUAACUUAUCAGAGGGACACACACCUCAGACAGAGAACUCAGAGGAUCUAGAUCAUCGUAGUGAGGAGGAGGUGUUCUCCAGUGGCCUCACUGACUUUCCCUCUGUGGAUAACGGCACAGGGACAAAUGGGGAUGAUGAUGACCUGAGCAUUGGCCUGCCCAUCACAUCCAUCCCCCAGCAUAGAGAGGCUCGAGGGACAGGUGUGGGGGACGAGGCUGUGGUGACUCAAGCUUUGGGACUUCUUCAGAAGACGGCCGAGAACGCCAUCACAGCGGCCGUCACUGCUGCCAUACAAGAACGACUAGAGUCAGCGAUUGCUGAAAACACAGACAGUGAGGCUGAGGACUUUGAGUUGCUGGACCAGUCUGAGCUUGAACAUCUGGAAGGUGAGCUGGGCCUGGAGAAAGUGAGUGGAGAACCUCAGUCCAAACAUGCCAAAAAUGCUGGAUUUUUCUCCAAACUGCUUGGGCACCAGUAAUGACAACACCCUUGUAAUGGGGCAGAGGUGUAAGCAGAAAACAGUCCUAGAGACUGGGGAAGGUCCAGAUUAAUGGCGGUAUUCCAUUGUUUUUUUUUGUUGUUUUUUUUUUUUUAAUGUUACAAUGUUUCGAUUAAAUCACCUUGCAGUAAAUUCCAAAUACAUAGAGGAAGGAUGCUUCUUGUACAUUGCUCUGUGAAGUUUUGAUACCUGCAGUUUUUUUUUUAAUAUAUCUUCUUCAUAUAUCUACCUUGAAGUGAUUUCAGGCCUGGUCCCAAUUUUAAAAGAAAUUCCAGGCCUGGUCCAUAAUUUAAAAGAAAAUUUUCUUUUAUAUUUUCAGGACUGAUCUCCAUUUAAAAAGAAACUUUCGUCAUUCGUUUGUAUGGAUUUGUGAUGAAAAACAUUUAUAUGUGCUUUUUUGAGGAAUUAUAUUGGCUAUACUCAGUGUAAAACUAUGGGAAGAGUGACAACGUAAUACAUUAGACACAUUCAACUCAAACCAAUCAAAUAUUUAAACAAAUUAGUUGGGGGGGAAAAAACUCCUAAAAUGUCUCCUUAAAAAGUCCUAUACAAUCAGUUUUGCCUGAAUUUUUUUUUUUUUUUUUUUUAAAUGAAUUACACAAUCAAUUCACAGUGACAUCACUCUCAGACUUUCUUUUUACAUGGGGUGCAAACUUAACAGAGGGUAGUUAGUUAUUAGAGACAGUCUCAUUCUCUUCCUGCGAAUUGAACCUGCUAUUAAAGUCAAUGAGUGAUGUGCAGAUCCUCUCCUCUUAGCACCUUCUUUCCUGAUAAUAUAGAUGUACAAUAUACAUAGCUCAAAGGCCAAAGAGAUAUGGCCUUUCCCAAAAUGACAGAGUUGUCAUGAGGGUUUCCACAUGAAUGACUACAUCAUAACCAAAAACUAUUUUUUUUAUCUGUAACUCAAGCAGAUAACCAUGAAAUAUGUAGUUAUGCUGCCUAUUAUGUUUUUUUUAGGUGUAUUUUUAAAAAAAAUAAACCUUGUUUUGGAGUUGGAUGUCUCAGCACUAGAUUUUGCAUGAAUAAUCCUUUUAUUUCUAUUUGCACCUUACUUAGAGCACACUGACACUGAGCUUAACUGAUUUUAAGUUUUGUGUAAAUUUAUAUAUAAAUAUAAAAGUUCCACAUAGGAACACCUGUACACAAUCAUGCAGUUGUCUAAUCAGCCAAUCAGCAACUGUUUCAUGGGUGGAAAUGGUGGCCUUGUUGAUGAGAGAGGUCAAAGGAAAAUGAAGAUGGAUUAAAUAAACAAGACAAAAAAAGAUGUCUCCUCUUUAUAUCCAAUGAGGGUUAAAUCAUUACUUUUUGAGGUACUUUAUGUCUGUCUGAAAUUACUUUGUAAAUGUACUAUGAACUGUACUAUGAAAUAAUGUAAGCAGCCUAAAUUAUUCUGGUAACACAAUUACUCAAUAUCUACUUUUCUAAUGUGAUUAUUAUGAACACCGUCCAAAAAAAUCAUUUGUUUCAGUGUCAGUGUUAUUCCAAAUGCAUCUGAAUGUACUAUUUCUUUCUUUCUUCUCGCCUGAUAGAUGACUUCACAUACAUAUUAUGCCUGUGUGAAUUGUGUGUCAGAAUGAAAGAACAUAAAAUAUAGCUGUAUGUAAAUAAUCUUAAAAGAAUGUGAUUAAAAUAUGAAGACUGAAA